GGCCCUCAGUGAUUGGUCGAGCUCGGUGGCUCCAGCCUCUGUGACCUCUGACCUGCAGCGGCUGAUAGCGGCUGUUUGUCAGAGCUGCAGGCCAAAGGUCAAAGUCCAGCAGCAGCAGCAGCUCGGUCAGCAGCGCGGGGCCCACAGAGGAGCCAGGAUGAGCGCGUGUGUGUGGCGGAGUGUGGCCUGCGCCCUGCUGCUGCAGCUGGCCAGCGCCGACCCUGGAGGCUGCAGCAGCAGCGAGGUGCUGAGGGUGGCGGAGGAGACGCUGCAGCAGAUCAACCAGGACCAGGUGCAGGGCUACGUCCUCAGCCUCAACAGAGUCUACGACUUCAGCAGGACGGAUCUGCAGAACUCCUCCGUCUUCAGCCUCCAGCUGGACGUCCUGGAGACCAGGUGUCACGUCAUCAGCAGGAGGCACUGGACGCAGUGUGAAGUGCGAAGCAUUGACCGUGUUCCGGUGUUUGGCGAGUGUCAGGCCUCUGCCGCCGUCGACUCCAGCGUCCGGCUCCAGAGCUACAGCUGCUCCACCAGGAAAGUUCCAGCCACCGAGGUGGUCCAGGAGUGCCCCGACUGUCCCACGGCGGAGAGCCUGCAGGAGCCCGUGGUCCAGGAGGUGGCCAACCUCUCCCUGCAGAGGUUCAACCAGGAGAGUGGCCUCAGCCGCCGCUUCUCCCUGGAGCACAUCACCAGAGCCAGUUUCCAGUGGGUGGUGGGUCCGUCCUACUUUGUGGAGUUCACCAUCGUGGAGACGGCCUGCCCCACCACCUCUGACCCCGCCGACGCCGCUGACUGCUCCCUGAGGGACUGUCGCUCAGCGCGCCGGGGGUUCUGCGAGGGCUCACAUGUGGGCCAAGAGCAGCCGUUCCAGGUCCAGCUGCAGGCUGGACAGAAGACCUGGUCUCAGAAGCCGGUGGAGGUCCGCUGUGAGAUCUACGAGCCGCAGGUACUGGAGACCGCCGUGGACCUGCGGGGCGACUGUCUGAGCCUCUCCUGUGUCCACCAGGGGGCGGCGGAGGAGUCAGCGCACUCCAGCGGCAGCUGCCCCAGCACCAGGACCCAGACCCUGCUCGGGACCCUGGUGGACCGAGCCUCCCGGCCCAGGUCCCCCCCGGGGGCCGCCUCCUGUCCUGGCGCCCGCCGACACCAUCUGGGCCUCCAGAGACUCAGACUGUGACAUGGCCCCGUCGGAGAAGGGUCUCUCAAGUCACGCGUCCUUUCUCGAACGAGUCACUGAGUCUCUUUUAAGAUUUUUUUACUCCUCAAAUAAAGUGUUACGA